GUAUCCUGUCGCUCUCCAGUACCCCACGAAAAAGCUGUCAGUGAGAGCAGAGCAGGGGGAGAAUUACAGAAAUCAGCCCGCGGUCGUGUAAACGAGUGUGUAAAUGUUUAAAGGCUCGGCUGUGCUGCGGUGUCGAUUCGCGGGCUGGAAGUGAAACGAGGGGAAAGAGCCGCAGCGUCUCCCAUUCAAACCGCCCAGCCGGGCCGAGCGGACUGACUGACUGACUGACACACAGCACAGGGAGACGCACCGGGCUGCUGCUGCUGCUGAAACACAGCGAGCUAAUGGCGUUGAAAAGGAUCCAGAAGGAGUUGACAGACCUCCAGAGGGACCCACCUGCACAGUGUUCAGCAGGACCUGUGGGAGAAGACUUGUUUCACUGGCAGGCGACGAUAAUGGGGCCGAAUGACAGUCCAUACCAAGGUGGCGUCUUCUUUCUCACAAUCCACUUCCCUACAGACUACCCCUUUAAACCCCCUAAGGUAGCAUUUACAACAAAGAUCUACCACCCCAACAUCAACAGUAACGGCAGCAUCUGUCUCGAUAUCCUGCGAUCUCAGUGGUCUCCUGCCCUCACCGUAUCGAAAGUUCUCCUCUCCAUCUGUUCACUGUUAUGUGACCCGAACCCAGACGACCCGCUGGUGCCUGAGAUUGCACACACGUACAAAGCUGACAGAGAAAAGUAUAACAGACUAGCGAGAGAAUGGACGCAAAAGUACGCCAUGUGAGAGUGCCUAACCCUGCUGGAACACCCGCAGCGAGCGAAACGGACAGAGGAACCUGUUUUAACGUUUUUAACAUGGGCAGAAAGAACCCGGUGGAGAACAGAUCAACACCAAACCUGUGGCUGGGAUGAAGAAGAGAGCGGAGAGGAGGAGACCGGAGAUCACCCUUAGACGUUUCGGCACCCGCAUGCCGAAAGCCGCUGCCGGACCGGUGCCUGGACGUGUGAGCCUGAAAGGAGCCUGGAAAAAUCCCGGAAAACUACUUCUCUGGAAAAACGGGACGAACCCCCCGCCAGGCUACCACAAUCCCAGGAAAUUAGACUUCUGUGACUAUUAGUACUACUGCUGUUCUCGUGAUUGACUUUUUCUCAGUGUUCCUGUUGCCACUGUUCUUCUUUUUUCUCAUUUUUGGAUUUGCUGAUGAGCCCGUGCCACUGCCAGGCCGGCACUUCCUGGAUGGAGGUGACGGGUUUUGGCUUCCCUGAUAGAUUUACCAUCUCCUUUGAGUUUCCGUGGAUACCAUGUGUGUGUGUGUGUGUGUGUGGUCUAGACAUGUAAUGCUAUACACUCAGGGCACAAACAAUUUAGACCAUUAUUCUUUUUUUAUCAUAUUUUAGUGAAAUUAGUAAUUUAUCACAAAUUGGAUAAAAAUUAUGAACACAAAAUCAACACAGAUUGUUUUUACACAGACAUGUGCCCCCUAACAUGGGUCAAAUACUAGCAUUAAAAUAUGUCUUGCAAUUAGGGCUGUAACAAUAUAUUAACCUAACCCAUUGGUUUAAUACUAAAUGUAGGAUAAAACAUUUUUGAAGCUUUUUAAACAAGAAAAAUAAUGAGAAAAAAAUACAGUAUGCAGCUGUUGCAUAAUGUAACAAGACUAGAGUAAAAAUGUAGGGAUGAGUGUGUUUGUUCUAAAAACGGUGUUUAAACCAUGAAACUGCAUUAGAUUCAAAAUUCCACGUGCCAAAGAAUGCAUUUCUCCAGUAUUUUAAGUUUGUAAGUGUUUCACAUUUGUUGACUCGUAAAAAGCUCAAACACAGUUUUACCACCCUGUUAUUUUACCUGAAUCGUGUUCAUUUUUCUUUUAUGGAAGCACAGUUUCAACACUGAAACAAAAACACUGUCACUGUUCCUGAGUCUUACUGUAGAGUGCUGCUGUACUCUCAGUGUGAUGUGUUGUUAGAAAGCUAAAGAGGCUGUAGCCAAAUUAGCUUUCAGUCAUGCGGACAAACUGGCUUUCUCAAGUCUUACCGGUAAAAAAAAUAGAAAAAAAGAGCAGGUUACAUCAGAUAUAUAAUUGCAUUGUUCAGAUUUAUUGUUACAGCCCUACCAGCAGUACUGUAUUUUUUGCACUAUAAAGUGUACCAGAUUAUGAGGCGCACUAUCAGUGAACGUCUAGUUUCAUUCAUAAGGUGCACCAGAUUAUGAGGUACAUUUUAUGCGACACUAGUAACUAGUAGUAGGAACAGAAGUGUCAUCAGGUUUUCCUUCUGAUUCAGCAGGUGAGACCUGUAAAGCUAAGCUGCGUUAAGUAAACAAAACUGUAAUUCUUAAAAAAAAAAAAAAAAAAACAUUUCAGACGAGUCAGACAAGUCAAAAGAGCACAGGAUGUAAAUCUACACAGAUUUCUCUCCUAAAAAACUGUUUAUUUGGAUGAGUAAAGCGCUUCCAUUUAUCUACAGUAAACUUAGUUUUCCAGAUUUCCACUGAAGCUGGAGCAUUAGCAUUAGCCAUUAGCUGCUAAUGCCACCCGACAGAGCUACACUGAGGAAAUCUGUGAGUGUUCCAGUAAGCCAGGGCGAUAUUAGCUAGCGGUUCAUCCCACAUAGCUUGUUUUAACAUGGUAAACAUGCAGGCUACAGUCCGAUAUACUCACCUCUGAACAGCCAAAGAGCUAGCACUGCUAAUGCUAAUGCUGCUCCAGCCGUGUUAUCCGGGGUUAGCAGAACAGCAAAGGAACUAGCCCUUAUCACGGUUAGCGGCUAAUGCUAAUGCUGCUUGAGAACUGAACUGAAACUCCUGUUUGACUCUGUACUUCAGCAGAGUGGCUUUACUGCUUCUUACAACCUGACCUACAAAAGGCACAAUGGAUUAUAAGGCGCACUGACCAUUUUUGGGAAAAUUAAAGGAUUUUAGGUGAGUUUUACAGUGCAAAAAAUACAGUAUAUUAAAACUGAUUGUUUUGAAGGAUUUUUACACAUUUAAGCCUAAGAUUCUCUAUGAUCACUAUUCAUAAGACCAAUAAUGUGAUUAUGAUUAUGAAAUGGUACAGGGUUUUGCAACCCUAGUUCUUAGUAUAAGAUACAAUCUCAUAUUGUUACAUGUCGUGUGUGUGUGUUUGUGUGUGUGUGUGUGUGUGUGUGUGUGUGUGUGUGUGUGUGUGUGUGUGUGUGUGUGUGUGUGUGUGUGUGUGUGUGUGUGUGUGAGAUGGCCCUGCCUUUUGCCUCUACAUGACUCCAGUCCCAGGAGGAGAAAACAGCUUUACACAGAGGCCUCAGUCAUUCAGGGGACAUUACCCGGUUCUCCUUUUCAUGAACUGCAUUGCUCCCAGGCCAUGAACUCAGAGCAGAUCACUGAUCUAUGAGGUGUUUAUUUCAUAUAUUGGCUCCUAUAAAGCAAAGCUGCUUUUGCUUUCACUCCUCCCUCUAGCAUCACACUACGUUUUUCUCUUGCUAUGAAUGUUUAUGGAUGACUGUAGGUGGCGUACUUAUAUGGGUAGUUCAGUGAUGAAUCAAAAAAACGUCUUUUAUCUCUUACCCCUAAGUGCAGUUGAUCAGGUAGGGUUGUCUUAUUUGUGCAUAUUUCACUUAUAACAGCAGAUGCUGGACUAGUAUUGCUGAGAAACACGCACGUUGGACUGUCACUAAUCUUAUUUUUGUAAAUGCACUCCUUGCCAAAAAAAUAGUUGUACCCAGACAGAAAGAUAGUGUUAGAUUGCAAUGGUAGUCAGAAGGAAGUAAAAAAGUUAGCACAAACAACACAUGAUUAUAAAUUUAAACUGAUAUGGGCAACUUUUGAGAUACACAUACACAAGUAGUGUGUCAAGCAUGAGCAACACAAUAUGUAAGGUUGUAGAGGUCCCUAAAGGUGUCCUGUGACAAUGCCAGCAGUAUUUGGACGAGCAUUGUCCUGUUGAUAUUGCCACUGGUUGCAUCAUCUCAAUAAUGUAAUGUUGGGUUGUCUAAUUGCAUCCCACACAAUUACAUCAGGCCUUGACACCACUUGACGACUUCCCACCAAGCUUCAUUCCUGUCAGAUUAUUCCUUCUGGAAGCAAUUAUUAUUUUGUGCUAAAAUAGUUUACUUUCUCUUUUUUCUUUUUGCAAACUUAGUCGAAAAGAUAAAUACACUAAAUCUUAAAAUACAUAUUUACCUUCAUAACAUUCUGCUUUGCAGUACAGUGGACAAAAAUGUGUGGAGUGAAAAGUGGUUCUGGUUACUCAAAAUAUCUGGCAAAACAUUUUAAAUAAUGUUACAGAUUAAGUUAUUUUGAAGUUUUUGUGACAGUCCAAGUGUUUGUAAGCAACAUUAGAUAUUUAAUAUAUUUUGAUUGUCUAGCUGCAUCUUGGGGCAGUGAUAAAUUAUGUUUAUUGAAUUUCUCACUGAACUAUUCCCUUAACACAAAACCCCACUCCCUCCCACUGUACUAGUCGCCCUCAUCCUCAUGUUUUACAGCCAAAAUGGGGAUGAAAAAAAUCCCACUGGUGGUUUAUCUCAAUCACACCUCUUCCCAUUUAUCUGUUUGGACUGGAGUUUCCAUGCCAGAUUUAAAACGGGACUAAAACCACAUUGUCUGCAUGUGCAUGUUUAUUGGAGACGUGUUUAGGUAUUCGUUUAGGUGAGUAUUGUCAUUUCGCUUUAGGAUAAAAAAAAAAAAAGUGUUUUUUUGAAAUUCAGCUGAAUUGCUUGCAGAGAAAUGGUCAACGCAAUAUUGUAUCCAGAGGUACUGCAAAAGGAACUAUAGAAGGAUGAAAAUAAGCUAAAUCUGUAUGGAAACUCCACCAUUACUUUAAAAAAAAACAAAGAAAACACAUCACUGUCUUUGGUUUAUCCUGGUGACGGGCCUCACGAACGCAAUACGCUUUUUAACGUUUUUCUUUUCUUCUAUUACUAAAUCUGUGAGCAAGAGUGUACACUUUAGUAACCCUUAGAUGCUCUUGUUUCUAGAGCCACUAAUAUUAUUAUAUCCUAGCUUUGUGACUGACAGUAGAUGGUAUAUUUGAUGUAUGACCAACACAAGUUCGAGACUGAGGUCAUUUGCUGUACAUUGAUUUCUACAAAAUGCAUAAAGUCCUGAGAACCUCCUGAAUCAGCUGAAGCAGAUGAUGGUACAUGGCUGGACAGCCACAAUUGGGGGGAGCAAACGGAUUAUUUGGCUAAGUGCAGGAAGGUUUGGAACAUUGUAUUUCUGAACCUGAGCUGCUUUUCAAAUCCAGAAAUUUGUUAAAGGCUGUUUGCGCAGUGCAAUCUGUUGGAAAAUCGAAAUGCUCUCCUCAUCUUUCCUCCAGGUGUUGCUCUUCAGAAGCCCAUGCACCAUCAUGCCCAGCCAUGCUUUAUUCUCCCUGGAAAGGGCUGACUGUUCUCAUCUCUCUAUAUAAAGGAAUAGUUCAGCAAAUAAAGACAUGUUUGGUGUCUAAAGAGUACUUGUCAGAAGAUCUCAGAUCAGAUUUUUAAAAACAUUGUGUGGUUCGGCUCCUACGUCCUAUAAGGCUGUUUAGAAGUGAGAGAUCCUUCAUCUACAGCAAGAAAUGCAGCCAAUGUAGACAUUUUGAAUUCAUAGACUGUAUGUAAAGGUUGACUGAAUAAUAGGGGUUGAAAAGUGAAGCCAAAACUUUUUGGCUGGCUAUUGUACAACUUUUUACCACCCCCAAUACCAUGUAAGUAAGCAGAGCAAGUUGUCAGUUAUGUUUGGUCAAUUCUGCCGGCUACAUGGUCAUUAAGGCUGCUCAUACUGUAACGUGCAAAACAGAGCAUACUAAAUAAGUGCAAAAUUAAGAACUGUGUGUUUUCCCACAUUGCAAAUAGAACAUUAGUACGCUCGCUACCAAACUCAUCCAAUGUUUCUAUUGCAGCAUUGCCUUGCAAUUAAUAUGGCUCAGCUAGCCAAUAGGCAGAUCCUUCAGUCUGAAGAACCUGAAUAGUUAUUUGGCCUGAAUGGGGACAUAAUUCUUCAGACACCAAACAUGUCUUCAAAAACAUUGUGCCAGUCUAUUCCUUUAAGGUUUUAGCAACUCAUAGUAGGGAUGCACUGAUUUGGAAAUUCUGGGCCGAUUUCGAUAUCUGAUAUUACAUGUACAGCUCUGGAAAAAAAAAAUAAGAGACUAUUUAAAAAUAAUGAAUCUGGAAUAUAAUCAAGAGGAAGAUAGAUGAUCAAACCAUCAAACCAAACUGAACUGCUAGAAUUCUUGUACCAGGAGUGGCAUAAAUUAUCAAAAAGCAGUGUGUAAGACUGGUGGAUGAGAGCAUGACAAUAUUCAUGAAAACUGUGAUUAAAAACCAGGAUUAUUCCACCAAAUAUUGAUUUCUGAACUGAGUUCUAAAAGCUCUGCAUCUUUUUUGUUAUUUCUGCCAUUUCUCAUUUUAUGCAAAUAAAUGCUCUAAAUGACAAUAUUUUUAUUUGGAAUUUGGGAGAAAUGUUGUCCGUAGUUUAUAGAAUAAAACAACAAUGUUCAUUUUACUUAAACAUAUACCCAUACAUAACAAAAUCAGAGAAAUUGAUUCAGAGACUGAAGCAAUCUCUUAUUUUUUUUUUUACAGAGCUGUAUAUAUCUGCCAAUACUGAUAUAUAUAUAUAUAUAUAUAUAUAACUUACAAAGAGUCUAAACACUCGAAAAACUUGAAAAAUAUUGCUGGCAUAAUUCCAAUAUCAUCAUGCAUCCCUACCUCAUAACACCGUUAUCAUAAUAUGUGCUGUCAUGAGAAGUGAUCUUUGUUCAUCAGAUCAAGUCUUCAGUGCUUAACCAUGCCUUUGGAGUUUUAACGGUUGGCUGUACUGGGGGGGAUGUCUGUAAUCUGAUUGGUGGAUGUUCAGGGCACUUUUGAAUGUACGAUGUACGUGAAUGAAGCUCCUGUCCUAGCAGACAGAGCAACUCCAACAUUUGCUGCUUUUCUCUUUGGUUCUGCACAUGAUGACGUUUCUCAGCGCUAGGCUGCAUUUUGUUAUCACUGUGGUCGAAUUAAAGGAGUAGUUCUGGGGAAAAAACGAAAUUGGCAAAGUUUCACCUCCUAUAUUAGAAUGUAGAUGAUCAUCCAUAACAUGCUGUGUUUGUGUGUUCUAGAAUAUAUGUUUGCUUUUGUGGUUUCUGAGACUGUAUUGCUCACUACUGUCUAUUUAAACAUGCAGACUUGUGUAGACCCUUUGUGCUGCCCAAUUGUGCUGCCAAAACAGCUCUAGGCCAUUGAGGCAUAGACUUUACAAGAUCUUUGAAGGUGUCCUGUUGUAUCUGGCAACAAGUCCUGUAUAUUGUGAGAUCAGUGAGCCUUGGCUGCCUGUGGAUCUGUCACUUGUUCAGUUGGUCUCUUUUCUCGGAGUAAUUAGGUAGUUAUUUGAUUCCAACACAAACUUUAAGACUUUAAGACUUGACCGUUCAGCUGAUGCCUAAUAUGUGAACCAGAUCAUUAAUAUUAUUCAGUUCACUUGUCAAUGGAUUUAAUACUUAUCCAGCAUUUUUAUUGUGUAAAAUCUUGUAUCUGCAAACUAACACCUUACAUUUUAAUGAAAUAUAGUGUAAAAUGAAUUAAUUUUUUGAAGCAUUUCUAUUAGCACAUUCGUCAUAAAUGUAAGAUCCGUGUUCUUAUUGCAACACCUCAACCAUCUGUUACAGCUUUGCACUUGUUUAUAGAAAACAGUGAGUCAUAGAGUGUCAAAAACCACAUUAUCAAUUCAGUUAGAGAUUAUGGUUUGGUUUAGGUUUACAGAUUAUCUGGCUCAACUGGGGACUAUAGACUCACUUCUUUAAGACCUCUCUCCUGACCUGAUACAAAAAAUACAUAGUUUUUCUUUUACAACAUUUGGCUUCAAAAUUAUCAGUAAAGGUGAUUGGAUCAGGUCUCAAAGUUGUGGGUAUGGGUGACAGUUUUAUAUCUGUGUUGAUCUCGAUUUAGCUUCGCACCUCAAAUCAACUACCGGUACAUAUUAAAAAGAUAAAUUGUGUACUUUUUUCCCUGAACUUUUCCUUUAAUCUCAUUUCUCAUGUCGCUUGUGUUUUUGUCUUAAUAUUUUUGGUAUUUAUUUGUCGUCUUCCAACCAUUCAGCUGGAAUUCAUUCAGUGGCAGUUAUGUAUGUAUGUUCCUCUCUGACAGGGAGUUUGGUGGGGUCAGAAGUGGCUCCAGGAGAGAAAAACUCGAUCAGUGCUGGAACAGGUCACACAGCGGCGGUACACGGCAUUGCUUUGCACUCUUCACACACACUCACACUUUUCCACAGCCAUUUUGCAAGAUAUCAGGGAUUUCUCUCUCUUUUUCCCUUCUCUCACCUCUCCCAGCAUCCUCAAUAAAAAAGGAACUCUCAGCCUUAACCGUCAAUGUAUAACCCACCAGAAACUGUACUGUAAAGAAAUCUCAUUCAGAUAUUUUUAUUUGUUGCUUUUUGUUUUUGCCCUUAAAAAGGGUUAAAGGUUUUCUUUCUGCAAGGAGAGCAGCUCACUGAAUUGGUACUGUACCUGCUAUGUGUACACCCACACAGAAACAUAUACACACAAACAUAAAUAUAUAUAUAAAUAUAUAUACACAGUGAACCCACAUACACAGCCAUGGUGACCUCUCCUUGCUAAUUAUCGUCCACUGUUCUGUAGUUUGUGCUGAAGACUCAGCGUUCUCCUCAUGCUCUCCGAACUGCUGAACUAACCUUGGAGGUGUUGGCAUUAGUGAAUAAAGCUCCUUUUGUUUUA